AUGGGCAAUGUCAAUUUCCUCAGUUCUUGUUCAGACCGCCGUCGUUGGUCAGCGUCGAAUUCGCUAUCGUCAGUGUCGAGUUCGUGUAAGCGUGCCCAGCUGAACGCGGACGUUAUUGAUUCACAUGAUAUUUCCGGGUUGGGCAAUGUACAAAUUACCUCCGUCCUGAAGAUAUCAACACGCCUUGAGGCGUUCAGAAGCGACGGUGCUGACGGGCAUCAGCUGUCUUGGACAGAAAGGACAGUAUUGGGCGCUUGGCAUGACGAGCUGUACUUUGUGUAUCUGUCCUGCGGAAAACUUCGGGCAUGCCGCUUGAGUUGGACACAGGAUGGUCUUGAAAAACAAGGUCUUGUUACUAGUGGAAGCUUCGAAAGCCUCCAGACGUAUCUGGCCAAGCAUGGCGGACAUUGCGGUGGCAACUUCUACGAAUGUGUAGCUGAAGUGAAGAUGGAGCAGGUUGUUAAAGCCUUGAAAGCAAUGGCAGCAAUGGCGGGUUGCCAGACUUACGAUGUUGCGUCCUUCAACUGUCAGCACUUCUGCGAGCGCCUGCUGAGAAGUCUACCCGUUGUUGAAAACGAGCAAUUGGCUGUGCACCCUUUGCCGGGUCAGGAAAGACAUCCAGAAGAUGCGAGUGAAGAUCAGCCAGGAACAGCUGCCGAGAAUGCAACAGCAGAGGCUGCCAAUUCUCCAAUGCCUGCACGAUUGUCUGUGCCCCCUCAGGCAGGUCAGGAAAGACAUCCAGAAGAUGCGAGUGAAGAUCAGCCAGGAACAGCUGCCCAGAAUGCAACAGCAGAGGCUGCCAAUUCUCCUAUAGGCAUGGAGGAGUCUUGGAAGACGGUAUCUUCGCACAACAUCCAAGACCCUCAGGAAGAUGGAGCGGCAGAAGAACCAGCCUCUGAGCAAGCUCAUCCCAAUGCUCAGGUAACAAACCCACAAGACGAGGAUGACUAUCACUUUGUUGAGAGUGGAGGACAGAGUUCCCAGCCCGGGAGGAAGUAA